ACUGCGCCCAGAUGCGGGAGAUGGCCGCUCUUUAACACACUUACACAGUUUAAGUUCGUUCUGUUUGUAGCGUUUGUCAGUUUGUUUCUUUUCAUGUUUUAUAUCCGCUGCUUGACAUGCAUGUGGAGAGUGUGCUUGUGCGAACUAUCCAUAAGGACUACCGGUUCCGUGCCUCGGGUUUUCCUUCUCGCCUCGAUCCGUCUUUUGAUUCACCUGGACAGAAUAUCCCGCCUCUGGCACACGUUACAACCCGCUCCGUUUUCCAGGACAGGUUUAUUCAACGGAUUCUACUGCAAAGAUGUCAUUCUCUCCAUAAUGCUCUGAAAGAAGAGGAAAAAUGUGAAACUAAUGCCAUCCACUUGAAUUCCGCAGGGAUCAGAUCAUUUCAAGUGUCAUUCUUACUGAAACCUUUUCCUGACAUGGCGCAUGAUAAAUAACACCUGCAACAAUGACUUCACCCAGAUCUCAUCAACGGCGAGGGAGCAUGGAGGAACCACUUUCUAUGUCAUCUUUUAUUCAUCUCAGUGAGGAACUGAAUAGACUCCAGAAGAAGUUUUCUCCUGAAUGCCACAAGCAUAUAGAGACAAUGGAUAAUCUUUUAAAUGAGUUUAAACCCAUUUACAUAAGUUCUGCUCUCAGCUUUGUAAAAGGAGCGAGGGCAGGGGGAUAUGGACUGGCUGUCCUGUUUGUGGGAUUAGCUUUAUCUAUAUUUAAUGAAGAGGUUUCUAUCAUUGUUGCUGCAGCAGGGGCUGGUAUGGCUAUAGCUGGUGGAUUAAGACUUGCUUUUGGGCUAUACAAGAAAAUACAGCAGGAGACCUUAAAACAAAAAAUUAAAGAGGAACUCAAGGGAAUUCAGGAUAAAAGUUGCUCUAUUAUUGAUGUAAUGGAAAAAAUCUGUCAACAUGCUGUGGAAAUACUGAGAAAUGCUGAGCUAUCACACCACAAAGCCCAGGCAUUAAGUGAACAUUUUGCCUACUGUUUUGAAAAAAGGCACCUCAUUCAGGAACAUGAUAGUAGUAACGUGGGUGACCAGAUGUCUAAAAUCAGGCAUUUGUCUGGAAACCUUGCAGAAAUGAUCACCAAGCUUAGUUCUGUGCCAGAAAUCCUCAAAGAGAUUAUCGAAGACAACAAGAGGCGACAUGACAAACCUGCUAAACCAACACAUGAACAAAUCAAUAAAAGGGAGUUUAGGGGGAAUGUAGAUAAGUUCAUUAAUGAGAUGCAGAAAGGAAUUUCAGGGUUAAAAAACUGUGUGAAAGGAAUCGACAAAUUAGCAGAACAAAUAACAAAUCUUUGAAUUCAACAAAAUGAAAAAGUAUGUACUGCUGAGACACAAUUUGUUACUGGAUCCUCCUGACAGGGGACAACACAAACGGAGAGCAAUAUUACAUUGCAGUAUUGAAAAAUUCAACAUUUCAUUGUCCUACAACAACUGAUGUUAUCAUUGUCAAACGUUAAUGUAAAUAAAGGAAAUUGAUACUUUGUUAAGGGGAGACGCUACAGGCAAAAACAGUUUUUUCAGGCACCUGUCAAUUUUGAGAUUUUGCACUUUUUGGCUUUUCAUAAAGUGUUUUUUCAGACUGGUGAAAAGAAAAAUCCAAAAUACACUUUUAAGUGUAU